AUGGACAAGCUGAAGCUGCAGAUCCAGAAGUCAGCACCCGAGAACAACAGGCGUGACACCGCCCUCCUUCUGCACAAGGCCAUGCGCGGCCAACUCCAGGGCGGCCUAGAGGGCCUCGGCAUCGAAAAGCUCACCAGCGUCGGCUGGAUGGUGCAUAUGCGCCUCAAGGGCCUCCGUGAGCUCAUUGUAAAACGCGAAGAGCAAGCGGCCCUCCAGCUCCAGCCUCUCCCGGCUCCAGCUUCGGCGUAUCAGCAGGAAGCAUCUCAGCAGGAUGAAGGGGACCUUGGCGCCCUGGUCUUCUGUGACACUGCCAACGACGAUGGUGUCGGCACCAAUGGAGGGUUCUCAUGGCAAUGGUUCGCUGAUCUUGGCGCUUCAAGUUCGUCUUACCCUCCCAUGUAG